AUGGCCAAGUUCAGAGUGCGAGUGUCCACCGGCGAGGCCUGCGGGGCUGGGACGUGGGACAAGGUGUCUGUCAGCCUCGUGGGGACGGAGGGAGAGAGCGCCCUCCUGCCUCUGGAUCGCCUCGGCAGGGAGUUCUCUGCGGGCGCCGAGGAGGACUUCGAGGUGACCCUCCCGCAGGACGUGGGGCAGGUGCUGCUGCUGCGCGCACACAAGACUCUGCCGGCUCAGCCCCUGCUCUGCCCGCCUGCCCCGGACGCCUGGUUCUGCCGCUGGUUCCAGCUCGAGCUGCCCCAGGGCGCUGCGCUCCGCUUCCCCUGCUACCAGUGGCUGGAGGGGGCGGGGCACCUGGUGCUGCGGGAGGGGACAGCCAAGGUCUCCUGGGCAGACCGCCACCCCACGCUCCAGCAGCAGCGCCAAAAGGAGCUGGAGGUCCGGAGGGCCAUGUACAGCUGGAAGAAUUACAUCCAAGGCUGGCCUCAAUGCCUCGAUCAGAUGACUGUCAAAGAGCUGGACCUCAACAUCAAAUAUUCUGUAGUCAAGAAUGCCAACUUCUACCUCAAAGCCAAAUCUGCGUUUAUAGAGCUGAAAUUCAAGGGGUUACUGGACCGCACAGGGCUCUGGAGGAGUCUGAGGGAGAUGAGAAGGAUGUUCAACUUCCACAGGACUCCAGCAGCAGAAUACAUUUAUGAGCACUGGCAGGAAGAUGCCUUCUUUGCUUCCCAGUUCCUGAAUGGCCUUAACCCUGUCCUGAUCCGCCGCUGUCAUUCACUCCCAGAGAACUUCCCAGUCACUGAUGCCAUGGUGGCCCCAGUUCUGGGCCCGGAGACCACCCUGCAGGCUGAGCUGGAGAGGGGUUCCUUGUUCUUGGUGGAUCAUGCCAUCCUCUCUGACAUCCAUACCAAUGUCCUCAAUGGAAAGCCUCAGUUCUCUGCAGCCCCAAUGACCCUGUUAUACCAAUGCCCAGGACACGGGCCCCUGCUGCCCCUUGCCAUCCAGCUCAGCCAGACUCCCGGACCCAACAGCCCCAUCUUCCUGCCCAGUGAUGACAAGUGGGAUUGGCUUCUGGCCAAGACCUGGGUACGCUAUGCGGAGUUUUCUGUGCACGAGGCCCUCACCCACCUGCUGCAUGCUCAUCUGCUGCCAGAGGUCUUUGCCAUGGCCACACUACGACAGCUGCCCCACUGCCAUCCCCUCUUCAAGCUGCUGGUCCCCCACAUUCGGUAUACCCUGCAUAUCAACACACUGGCCAGAGAGCUGCUCAUCGCCCCUGGGCAGGUGGUUGACAGAUCCACAGGCCUUGGCAUUGAAGGAUUCUCUGAGCUAAUAAAGAGGAACAUGACACAGCUGAGCUACACUGACCUGUGUCUUCCUGAAGAUAUUCAGGCCCGAGGAGUUGAAGACAUUCCAGGCUACUACUACCGGGAUGAUGGGAUGCAGAUCUGGCGGGCAGUGGAGCGCUUUGUUUCUGAAAUCAUCGGCAUCUACUACCCAAGUGAUGUGUCUGUUCAAGAUGACCAAGAACUUCAGGCGUGGGUGAGAGAGAUCUUCUCCAAGGGUUUCCUAGAGCGGGAGAGCUCAGGUAUGCCUUCUUCACUGGACACUCGAGAAGCUUUGGUAAAGUAUCUGACCAUGGUGAUCUUCACCUGCUCAGCCAGACACGCAGCUGUCAGUGCAGGCCAGUUUGAUUCCUGUGUUUGGAUGCCCAACCUGCCAUCUACCAUGCAGCUGCCACCACCCACUUCCAAAGGCAAAGCGAGGCCUGAGGGCUUUAUAGCCACCCUCCCAUCUGUCAAUGUCACCUGUGACGUCAUCAUCACCCUCUGGAUGCUGAGCAAGGAGCCAGGAGACAGAAGACCCCUGGGUACCUACCCGGAUGAACACUUCAUAGAGGAAGCCCCGAAGCAAAGCAUUGCCACUUUCCAGAACCACCUGGCACAGAUCUCCAGAGCCAUCAGAGAGCGGAACCAGACUUUGCCGCUGCCCUACACAUAUCUGGACCCUCCACUCAUUGAGAACAGUGUCUCCAUCUAA